GGUGGUCGGUGAGCAGCUCGGGUGACGCUCCCUCCUCUGGCUCCGCCGUGAACACCUCUCUCCUCCGGACCGGAGCGCAACCUGCGUGAUUUUAAAGCAAAAUGGCGACAGUGUCACAGUGAGGAAGGACGGAUGGCGGUCUCAGGUGCGGUAACACGAUGACACAGCCCGAGGUGUGGCGUUUAAGGGCGUGGAGAAAUUAAGGCCUCAGCGCCGGCUGAAAGUAUUGGCGCUAUGUCGGAUCUGAAGCUAAAGACACAUGAGGACAAAGACAGAGAAAUUGUGUCUGACAGCCCAGGUCGUAUUCAGGAGCCAUUACAGAGUCACACAUUCUCCCUGAAGAACAAUGCUGCAGGUCUGUCCUCAGAUGAACACGAAAACCCUUUAAAUGGAACCCAGCCGAAUCCAUUUGUAUACAGCAGUGUCCCCGCUGUUCCCCAUGCAGGCAAUUCAUUGCCUUCAGGAGCACUUGUUAAUGGACCUGGUUCACACCCCACCUCAGAGGUACACUGUGUCCUGAACAAAGGCACUGUUUUAUCCAACAAUGUCCUGGAUGCCGCGUGGCAGGCGGAGAAGGACACAAGCCUCGAGGUGUUACGACCACCUAGUGAGCUUCAAUCAGACGCUUGGAAGAACACAGCGGGCCCCGCUGUAAAAACACCGGCCACACAGCCAGGUGUCAACGCGCCACUGUCUCACUUGGAGGAGAAUGAGUCUAAACUGGCCUAUUCCACACUGUCAGGUGAAAGUGCGGAGCGAAUGCACCUCAGCCAACCUCAGAGGAAACGGACAAUAAAAACAACAUCUCGACAGGGCGUAGGAUGGUCAGAACGCUCCUCGCGUGAUUAUCAGGAUGCUGAAGUAAUCAGAUGGGAUUCAGCAGGCGAGGAUGUGUUGCACGGUGACAGUGGGCUGGAGACCGAAGGGAGGCACCAAAGAUCCAAUGCACUCAUGGAAAACACGCCAGGCUGUGUUGAAAAGGUUAAAAGCAACUUAAAUCACCUAAAUGCACUUUUCUGCACUGGUAAUGAUGAUGAAACUGUUGAUGCCGCCAACAGAGAGAGUUCUUUGGGUCCACAGGCUGAUCUGAAGCAUUCUGUUGCGCUGUUCAAACACCUCUCUAGGAACAAUGUGUCCGCUGCACACAAAGGCCUUCAUGAGCCGAAUGGCCCCGAAGACGAAGACAGCGUUGGUCCAAAAGUGGAAGCGACGGAGCCACCGCUUCUCUUCUCCUGCACAACAUGCCGUGUUCAGUUCAAGGACAAAAGACAUAUGAUGCACCAUUUAAGCAGGCAUUAUCAGCUGAACAGUAGGAGAGAGUCCCAGCCCUUUACCUGCAGGGAAUGUGGGCGUUUGUUCUGUGAUAGCUACUCCCUUUCCAAGCACAUUAUUAUUCACCGAGACAGGCUGCAAAGACGUACAUGUAGCAGUGGUCGUAGAGCCGGUGCCACCGCGCUGCAGCGUCCGCAGUACGUCAAUGGCUGCAACUGCUCCAAGAUAUUAGUCCAGCAUGCAAAAACACACGAUAAUCUGAAGCACUACUACUUCUGCGAGGAGUGUAAUUACGUUACACUGACGCAGGAGGCACUUGAAGCGCACUUCCGUUUGGCACACCUCGGCGCACAGCCGCCUCAGCCCAGAAGGAUGACUCAAGCUAAUGAUGCAGAGGCUCCAUUCGAAUGCAAUGUGGACUUCCUAACUGGCACAGACAGACUAGCACUGGAGAGGCAUCCAGGCUGCGGCGAUUAUAAAACGCCUUCUGACCAAAUCAAAACUCCUGGACCAGUUAAACCAGUGCCAACUUUCGAGAAGGCGGCUUCAUUCCCCAUCAGCUGCAGCAAAAACAGGGUCACGUGCGUCCAAGAGGACAGAACUGCGAAUCCUCCUCAGUUUCGGUGCCACGUUGGCUGCACCAAAAACACAGCGCUGCCGUCUUUGUGGAAGAUCGACAAGCAUCGAAAAUUACUCCUGCAACCCGCAGAAAAAUUAGACGAGGCAACCGAUCUCACCUGUGUGGAAGAAGACGCUGCGAACAAUGGCUGCGGGGCUUUUGGCAGCCCAAAGCAGGCAAACCGUGCUCCAACCACAGGUUUUCUACUAUCAGCUAGAAGUCUUAAAUUAGACCAGAUGUUCUUUCGGGCUAGCAAGAACGACCCUGCCAGCGAGACUUUACGAGUGCAAGGAAAGCAGCGUUCGCCAUCAAUGAAUAAAGUGUCAACACCUCUGCGUAACACUAUUGACAGUGUGAAUGCUAAUAUAUUGCCAAAGCACAGAAAGAGGCUUAAGAAAGAGUCUGCAGUUAGGGAGUUAGAGAAAGGCUAUGGGGGCAGCAGCAACUUCAGUAAGGACACCAGUGAAGCUACAGGCAGCGUCUUGGAGAGCAUCAAGAAUGAAAGGAAUCACUUUGCUCGAGGGUAUCACAGAGAGAGGCAGAGGUUUGCAGGGAAAGACCAAAGCCCACAUGCACUCAAGGAUGAAGACGAUGGAGAUGAAGACUGCAGUGACAUAGAGCAACUCAUAAUCAAGGAGGAGUACAUUGAAGCAACAGUGUGCGAGGAUUCCCCGGACCCCCCUCGCACGUCCACAAGUGACAGCUUUGAAGUUCUCACCACGCGAGCUGUGGAACACAAGCCCUGUCCGUACUGCCCCGCAGUCUUCAAGUCCGGGGUGGGUCUGUCUAAUCAUGUGCGAGGACACCUCCAUCGCGUGGGCCUGUCCUACAACGCUCGGCACCUGGUCUCGCCGAAGCAAGUGGCUUUGGGGGACCAUCAGCCACGGACCCGAAGGGGGAUGUGUGGUGCAACCAGAGUGAGAAAAGUUGUCAAGCCAGAGGACCAGAGAGAGUACCCCUGCCCCCUGUGUCGCCUUUGGUUUGAUACUAAAACCGGCCUCUCCAACCAUGUGAGGGGACACCUGAAGCGAAUAGGUGGAAGUGUGACCGGCACCGCUAAGUCCCCGCUGGGCCUCAUAAACGAACUGCUGCGGGACGAGAGUAAAGCGAAUCAGACCAUCCUUCAGAGUCCGUUCCCUCCGUGUCUCUUGGUGUCUCAGAGGUUUAUCAGCAGCAACGGCUACUUCCAGGUCCAUGCUGGAGUCCCAGUAAAAGCUCAGUUUGGGCUCGGGAAUCCGUAUCCCGUAUUUGACAGCUUUGCAUCGAAGCAGGAGGCAGAGGCCAUUUCAGAGAGGCGGAGGCUACAGGUAGAAGCACAAACAUGCCCCAAGGCCUCUUCAAGCACUUUAGUUGAACUUCUCAAGAUGAGACAGGGCUGCGUGGAGCUCACAGCAACCAGCAACCAACGCAGGAAAGUCUGUGAUAUGACCAAAGAGUACAGGGAGGAGAAUAAAAUGGGAGGCUACGAUUAUAAACGAAAGAAACCAAGACCAGGGCCUGGGCUUAAGCAGAGGAUUCUCCCCUCCUUGAAUGCUGAGAUAUACACACUCACCUGCAGAUUCUGUGACUUGGUCUUCCAGGGACCUCUGUCUGUCCAAGAGGAUUGGAUCAAGCAUUUACAGAGGCACCUCCUGCACACCAGCGUGCCCCACUCAGGGACAGGAAUGGUGGAGGUUUUGGGUCUUCAUCAUAAAAUAGAGAUAAGCAUGUCUCAUGAUGACCCAGAUUAGGUGAAAGGUGGAGAAACAUCAGGUGCCUCCUCAACAAGAACUGUUUCCCCUGUACUGUACGGACUGUAGCAGGUAGAAUGUGACAAUACAACAAUUGAAUACAGUAUAUUAUUAAUAUUGUAUUCAUUAGCAAACACUUUGCCUUAAGAGCUUAAUAUUACAGUUUAUACACUUUAUCUUUUCCCAGUGCGAUUGUAUAGACAGCAGAUUAGGCACAACUGCAUCGUCACAGUGGGAGUGUAAAAGCAACAAAAGCAAAAGGCUUCACAGAAAUGUAUUUAUUAAAAAAGCAUGAUUGACAUUGAUAAACUAAAAGUGCCUUGUUAUUAUGACAAAGCAUUUGGUUUGGUGUAGGCAGAAAAUAUUUCACAGUGAAAACAUCUAAAUAUUUAACUGUCUUGUGAAAAUGUCAUCUAGCAAGCAACAUGAACUUGAACAUGUGACUUGAGUUUCAGGGCCAAUUUAUAAUCCUGUUGUUAGCUCGUUAAGCGGUGAACACGAGGCCGCUGCUGCUUUGUGGAUGCUCUGUAGAAUUCACCUCCCUGUGUCUGUAACAGAGACAAAAUCUGUAUUAAUCAAAGUCCCAGUCGAGAUGCACAUUAUGCUGGGACAACUCGUUCUGUCACUGCUUGUUCCUCUGCUCGACUUUAAUCCACCUGUGUCAAUUUUUCAAAGUAUAACUUUCAUUAUAGCCGUGAUAUCAAAGUAUGUAUAUGAUGAGAAAGUUAGAAGUGACACAAGGUCUAAAUGUGUCAACUUUGAGUUCCUGGGCCCAAAAUGUGAGAAUAUUUGUAAUUACUGCUCAUUCAGUGGUAGGUUAAGGUUGGUUCAGACACAAAAUGCACAACACACUACAUAUUGUGUUUUUCUAAGGUAGCAGAAGCAUUUAGACAGGGUCAUGGGCUGUGCAAUGAUUGCACAUCUUUAUUAUUUACCUUUUAAUUACUAAUACUGAGCAGAAUCCCAGAGCACAUCGUACAAUAACUAAAUAUAUUACUGCAUACUGUAACAUAUCUAUAAAGUGCAUAUACAUUUGUAUUUGUCAAAGCUAUUAUUGCAAUUUAAAAACAGGCCAUGAUUCAAAGAAGCUUUAAUGUGUGACCAGGUAGCACUAAUAGUUAAGUAGUUUAUGCAUUUAGCGAAUUUCAAAUUGUAAACCUGUAUUUUACUUAUUUGUACUCAGGCUUGAUGUUUUAUAUCACUGUAGCACUGGACAGGUUUUAGUUCCACUGUUGCAGGUUUAGGUGUGGUUGGUUGGGUGGUUGUGUAGAAGUCAGUGACAUGAAACAGUUCGCAUGGUUUAAACAGCCAACUGUACACUUGUUAGCGCUGCUGAAACAGCUUGUAGAGUUAGGUUUUCACCUCCACGAAUGGCCGUGAUUGAGGCUUGGAGGUGCUGAUUAUUAUGAGUAAAAUCGAGUUAGCAUUAGUUGUGCUAGUACAAAAUGUCCUUUUUCUCAUAUUAGCUUACAAUAGACACACGUUAGCUGUAAAGAACAACGUGUCCUGUCAUUUACGAUAAAGGUAUUCUGGAAAGGCCUCUCCAACGGCCUCUGUACUACAGGACGGAUAAGUAUAAUAAGUCAAGCGUCUGAGUGGUCAUCUGGGCACCUGAUUUAUGCUUCAGCAGAGUCUUGUUUUUAUUGUUCCACAGCUGACAGUUUAAUUAUAUUUAACCUAGAAUACAGAUGUGUCAUACAGUACAAGUGCAAACUAAAGGAAACCCAACUAAACAAUGA